ACGCCCUCAAUAGAGCACCCUGGAAAACGUUCAAAGAACAUCGGUGUUUGGGGGCGCAUCGCGAAUAUUGCACAUGAAGGUACAAGCCCUAGUGCCGCUUAGGGAGGACGAUGGCAACACAUCUUUCUCAAAAUUGAGUAUGCCUACAUCCAUCCCUCGCCCGAUGGUUACCUUCGAGAUCAGUCUCGCGCAGAGGUUUGCACCGAGUAAGAGCCAAGGUUUCGAGAGUCGAACAACAGCGUUCCUCNUCGCUGUGGAAUGCCUCGAUCGGGAAACGGAGCGAAAAACAAAAUCCCACGCAAACGGCUCCUGGUCGACCCGGUACCUUCGUGGGACAGACUGUGAUGCAGCAAAGGCAACAUGCUACCGGUGAGCACCUAUCGAGCCCCAAGCCCAUCGGUACACCGUUGUCAGCUAGACACUCACCACAUUCGUCACCGUAUGCAUCAACGUAGAGCCCGGCUCCAAUCUCCAAGGCAUCAUCAUCAACUUCCACCCUGGGAAGUGCGCACAGGAGAUCAAACAGGUCUCGCUAUAGAGACAGUCGAAGCAAAUAAGGCGAGGUCGAUCUACGAUGCAAUGUAUCAAUGAACAUGCUCCAUGGGUAAAGCAGGAGGAAGGAGGAUGCCCGGAAAAACUCUGCUUUCUGACGGUUCAACGCAAAAUUUGUUUUUCGGCGCUCCACAUGAGCGCUCA